AUGUCAGGAGGAGCGUUCGAGUCUACUACCCAAGAUUUUCGACCUUCACAAGAUCGGCGAUACCAACCAGGCACCGAUGAUUCAAUUCCUGGCAAACCCGAACUCAAAGUCAUCAAUGCUGAGGUUGUAAAAUCGUUCAUCGAGGACAAAGCAAAUCAGGCUAAACAGCGACAUGAAUGGCUUAGAUUCAAGUGGCUACCGAAGACUGUCGAGAGCCUUGCGCGCUUUACAUUCAACAUCAGGGAUUUGGUCGCUCCGCUUACAUCCCUAAACCCAGAAUGUGCGGUAGUGCUUGGAUGUCUGAUGGUCAUCUCCAAGACUAUCGUACUUAAACAGGAGAAAUUAGAAGCUGUGUCUGAAAUCUUUGCAAGGCUUGUGCAGGUCACCGAUAGUCUAGACCUAUGCAACGUGUCUGUCUCCAGUUCCCCAGACAAGAUCCGAUUGCAACUGGCCAAAGUAUACAUUGCUAUUUUAGAGCUCGUUGCUCUCGUAACUGAAUACUGCGCCAUUGGCAGAACAUCAAAAAUCGUCGAUGCUUUGACCGCGAACACAAAGUACGAUUUCAGAAAGGGUCUCCAGGAAGUUGAGUCCGCCUGGGAAACUUUGAGAUUUCUCAUGCAAGCCGCCAGCAGUGUCUUGCAAAUCGACACAUAUGACCUACUGCAAGAUCAAGCCAAAAAAGUGAACUACGUUGCGAGCGAGCUCUUAAUCAUGCAGUCUCAGAUUGCGAGUCUCAGACUGUCCAUUGAUACACUGCAGCUUGAUCAAAGAAGAAUGCAUAUGCUCCAGAUCCGUCAGCACAAUAGCGUGUUGAUAAACACUCUGCUACCCCUCUACGUGACCAUGGAUAAAGAAAUCCAACUCUGGAAAGGCCGUCAGUUUCGUACUUCUCCGAAAGAUCAUUGGGAAGUCAACGGCGUUUUGGACUACCUCAAAGCGUGGAAUUGUCUACCGCACGCCUCUAUCUUGGCCAUUUUUGGUCCAACCCGUGGGCGUGAUUCCUGGGUAACAGAAUUCGCACUAGACACUAUCCAGGCCUUUCAAGUCCAGAAUGAACUUGUCACAUUUAUCAUGUGCGACAGAUCAGAAGUCAACCAAUAUGUUCCCGCAACACUAAUAAAAAUCCUCAUAUGCCAAAUUCUUGAACAACGACCGACGUUGAUCCUCGAGGAGCCCGACCUUUUCCUCCUUCACAAUUUCCAGUCCGCGGUCGAACUGAACCAAUAA